AUCUGGAAGCAGUUUCCUUUAGUCUUGAGUUUAACUUCAGCUCUUCUCUCAGAAUGGUUAACCUGGUGCUCCUUUGCUUUUCAUUCAUAACUCUGUUAGCAUUUGGGAAAUGUUUACUGCCGCCCCCAUGUGACAGUGAAAUCUACUGCUCAGGACCCAUCCUGCAUCAGGUCCAAGAAGCUAAGCUGUUUGAUGAUGACAAGUACUUUGUUGACAUGAAGCUGAAGUCAGCACCUGCUGAUGUUUUGGCAGCUUUUAAACUCCUCUCCAAUGAAUCGCCAAACUCUUCCAUCCCUGCCACAAAACUCAAAGAGUUUCUUGAUGCAAACUUUGAGAAACCAGGAACAGAGUUUGAGACGUGGAUGCCAACAGACUGGCACGAAAAGCCCAAGUUCCUGAGUGGAAUAGCAGAUGAAAAGCUGCGGAUGUGGGGGGAAGAGAUUCACAAUCUGUGGAAGUCUCUCGGCAGAAAGAUCCAAAAUAAUGUCAAAGACCAUCCAGAGCUCUACUCUCAGAUUUACACCCCCCAUCCUGUCGUCGUGCCGGGCGGGCGCUUCAGGGAACUCUACUAUUGGGACUCCUACUGGGUCAUCAAUGGACUGCUCCUGUCUGAGAUGACUGAAACGGCCCACGGUAUGAUCCAGAACUUCCUCUUCCUCGUCAACAGGUAUGGAUUUGUUCCAAACGGUGGGAGGAUUUACUAUGAGAGGCGGAGUCAGCCUCCAUUUCUCACGCUGAUGGUGGAGAGCUACUAUGAAGCAACCAAGGACCAGCAGUUCCUCAGAGAAGCUCUUCCAGUUCUGGAGAAAGAGUAUGAGUUCUGGAUGCAAAACCGUUCUGUGGCCUUGAAAGAAAGUGGGUUAGACCAUGUUCUGAACCGGUAUAUCGUGGAGGCAGACCUGCCCAGGCCUGAGUCCUACACUGAUGAUCUGGAAUUGGCUGAAGGACUCUCUCAUGAGCUCAAACAGCAGCUGUGGAUGGACCUAAAAGCAGGUGCAGAGUCUGGUUGGGACUUCACCUCCCGCUGGUUCAUAAACAGCACCGGCCACAACGACGGGACCCUCCGAGAGACCCGCACCAGCCAGAUUUUACCCACUGACCUCAACGCCCUGCUGUGCCGCAAUGAGAGAACCCUGGCCUCGUUCCACCGACUGCUGGGUAACACUGAGUCAGCCGCUCUGUAUGACCAGGCUGCAGCCCGCAGGACUAAGGCUAUGGAGGCGCUGCUGUGGGACGCUGAGAGGGGAGCCUGGUUUGACUACAACCUGGUGACGCACUCCAAACACUUUGAGUUCUACCCCUCCAACCUGGCUCCUGUUUGGGCUCGAUGUUAUUCUCAGCCUGAGAUGGAAGAGAAGGCAGUGAAGUACCUGAAGGGGAGCGGCGCUCUCGACUUCCCCAACGGAGUGCCAACGUCACUGAGGGAGUCUGGGCAGCAGUGGGACUAUCCCAACGCCUGGCCUCCUUUGCAGCACAUGCUCAUUGAAGGUUUGUCCAAACUGUCUUCAGAGGACGCCAAGAAUCUGGCUUCUAAUUUGGCACAGCGCUGGAUCAAAACAAACUGGCUGGCUUAUGAAAAAUACAAAGCCAUGUUUGAAAAGUACGAUGUGAAUGGGGACGGAAAACCAGGUGGAGGUGGAGAAUAUGAAGUUCAGCUGGGCUUUGGUUGGACCAACGGUGUGGCCCUGCAGCUCCUGGAUCAGUAUGGGGCGACUCUCACCUCGGGAGGCAGACGUGUGUGUGUUGACCUCCUGCUGCCUCUGGCCGUCUCCAUCGCUCUCAUGCUCCACUGAAUCAGAGGUGUCAGAAGAACCCGGCUGAGGCCUGGAUUUUAUUUUAGCAUUCCUGUUUUCACUCCUACAACAUCUCUCUGUCCACAGACACGACUAAAGAGACUUAUGAGGAUAUAUUUUUUUAUCCAUUAAAACCAAUAAUUAGCAUUUUUAUUGCAUAUAAUU